AGACGAAAAUAUCUCUCCCUCACUCUCCUCUUCAAUGGCUUCUUUCUCUUUACUCUUUCUCUCGUUGACUCUCCUAUCCUCUGCUCUCGCCUCCACCGAGAGCUUCAUAGAGCAAGUAUCCGACGAUCCUUUGAUCCGUCAGGUCGUAUCGGACAGUGUUGAGGCCGUCGAUCAGCUGUUGCACGCCGAGCACCAUUUCUCGCUGUUCAAAGCCAAGUAUGGGAAGACGUACGACACGCAGGAGGAGCACGAUUACAGGUUCUCGGUGUUCAAGUCUAAUCUGCGCCGGGCGAAGCGCAACCAGCUACUGGACCCCUCCGCCGUCCAUGGCGUCACCAGAUUCUCAGACUUGACCCCCGACGAGUUCGAAAAGAGCUACUUGGGGCUCCACAAGAGGCGGCUGAAGCUUCCGGUGGAUGCGCACAAGGCACCGGAUCUGCCGACGAACAAUCUACCGACGGACUUUGACUGGCGAGAUCACGGAGCCGUUACUGCCGUUAAAGAUCAGGGAUCUUGUGGGUCGUGCUGGUCGUUUAGUACAACUGGAUCGCUGGAAGGAGCACACUAUCUGGCGACUGGGGAGCUUGUGAGCCUCAGCGAGCAGCAGCUUGUGGACUGUGAUCAUGAGUGCGAUCCAGAGGAAUAUGGUUCCUGCGACGCAGGGUGUGAUGGCGGACUCAUGAACAACGCCUUUGAAUACGCACUCAAGGUUGGUGGAGUUCAGAAAGAGAAAGAUUAUCCUUAUACUGGAACUAAUGGUGUCUGCAAAUUCGACAAAAGCAAAAUUGCUGCAUCAGUAUCAAACUUCAGUGUUGUUUCCAUAGACGAAGACCAAAUUGCUGCGAAUCUGGUUAAGUAUGGCCCUCUUGCAGUGGGGAUCAAUGCAGCUUGGAUGCAAACAUACAUUGGAGGAGUUUCAUGCCCGUACAUCUGUGGGAAACAUUUGGAUCACGGUGUUCUUCUAGUGGGAUAUGGUGCUGCUGGCUAUGCUCCUAUUCGUUUGAAGGAGAAGCCUUACUGGAUCAUAAAGAAUUCGUGGGGAGAAAACUGGGGAGAGAAUGGGUACUACAAGAUUUGCAGGGGCCAUAAUGUGUGUGGGGUGGCGUCAAUGGUCUCAACUGUGACUGCAGCGCAUGUUACUCCGCAGUGAAUUAUCUAAUGACUACACAUCAAUGGAGCGUGUGUACUAAGUAGCAGCAUAUGUGUAGGUCUUGUGUAAAUAAGAAACAAUCCCUUAUGUAUUUACAAUGCCCAGUAACAGCUCCACAGAGCUCUUUAGGCUUUUUAUAAACCAUCUUAAAUUAGGUAAACUGGGAUUCACUUGCCUGUAAGUUCACAUAUUCUCUUGCAUCACAUUAUGUAACCGAUGCAUUAGGAGACUCUAUCAAUGUAUUGCUUUGUCAUAAGUUGCAAA